CAAGAGGCCCAGAGGCAUAAUCAUUUCCCUCUUUGACCCUGUCUAGAUUGCCGGCAGAUUCCAGGGGCCCUCUGAGGCUGAGCCUUGGUCCUCAGGUCCCUCCAGCACAAGAAAGAUGAAUUUCUGCAUGGUCCUGAAGGCAGUGCUACUGUCUGGGCCCUUUCUCUUUGCCCCCGCCUUGAGCUACAACCUGGAUGUUAAGCAUGUGCAGAGCUUCUCCUUUCCCCAAGCUGGAAGGCACUUCGGGUACCGCGUCCUGCAAGUUGGAAACAGGGUUGUCGUGGGAGCUCCAGGUGAGGGGAACAGCACAGGGAACCUCUAUCAGUGCCAUCCAAGCACUGGAAACUGCCUACCAGUCAGCCUGAGUGGUUCCAACCAUACGUCCAAGUACUUGGGAAUGACCUUGGCAACAGAUCCAACAGGUGCAAAUAUUUUGGCCUGCGAUCCUGGGUUGUCUCGGACAUGUGACCAGAACACCUACCUGAGUGGCCUGUGUUACCUUUUCCACCAGAAUCUGCAGGGUCCUGUGCUGCAAGGGCACCCUGGUUAUCAGGAAUGUAUAAAGGGCAAGGUAGACCUGGUAUUUCUAUUCGAUGGCUCAAACAGUUUGCGGCAAGAUGAAUUUCAGAAAAUUCUGGACUUCAUGAAGGAUGUGAUGAGGAAACUCAGCAACACUUCCUACCAGUUUGCUGCUGUUCAGUUUUCCACGAACUGCCGAAUAGAAUUUAAUUUCUCAUAUUAUGAUAGAGUGAAGGACCCAGAUGUUCUGCUAGCCAAAGUAGAACACAUGCGUGACCUGACCAACACCUUUCGUGCCAUCAACUAUGUUGCGACAGAGGUGUUUCGGCAAGAUCAGGGGGCCCGACCAGAUGCCACCAAAGUGCUCAUCAUCAUCACUGAUGGGGAGGCCAGUGACGAUGGCGACAUUGGCAUGGCCAAAGACAUCAUCCGCUACAUCAUUGGGAUCGGAAAUCAUUUUAAAACCAAGGAAAAUCAGGAGGCACUCCACAAGUUUGCCUCAAACCCCAUAGAGGAAUUUGUGAAGAUUCUGGACACAUUUGAGAAGCUUAAAGACCUAUUCAGUGAUCUACAGAAGAAGAUCUAUGUGAUUGAAGGCACAAGCAAACAGGACCUGACCUCCUUUGACAUGGAGCUGUCCUCCAGUGGGAUCAGUGCUGACCUUAGCAAGAGCCGUGCAGUUGUGGGGGCAGUUGGAGCCAAGGACUGGGCUGGGGGAUUCCUAGACCUGAAGACAGACCUACAGGGUGAAAUAUUUGUUGGCAACAAGCCACUGACACCAGAAGUGAGAUCGGGAUAUUUGGGUUACACAGUGGCCUGGCUGCCCUCGCAAGGGAAAACAUCACUGCUGGCAGUGGGAGCACCCCGAUACCAACAUGUGGGCCGAGUACUGCUGUUCCAAGAGCCAAAGAACAGAGGAGAGUGGAGCCAGGUCCAGAAAAUAGAAGGAACUCAGGUUGGCUCUUACUUUGGUGGGGAGCUGUGUGGUGUUGACAUGGAUCAGAAUGGGGAAAUGGAGCUGCUGCUGGUGGGAGCCCCGCUAUUCUAUGGGGAUCAGAGGGGAGGCCGGGUGCUCAUCUACCAGAGACGACAGCUGGGAUUUGAAGAGGUCUCAGAACUGCAUGGGGAUCAUGGCUAUCCCCUGGGGAGGUUUGGAGCGGCCAUCGCUGCCCUGACAGACAUCAACGGGGAUAGGCUGAUGGAUGUGGCUGUGGGAGCCCCCCUGGAGGAGCAGGGGGCUGUGUACAUCUUCAAUGGGCUACAGGAUGGGCUCAGCCCCCGGCCGAGUCAGCGGAUAGAAGGGACCCGGCUGUUCCCAGGAAUUCGAUGGUUUGGACGCUCCAUCCACGGGAUGAAGGACCUUGAAGGGGAUGGCCUGGCAGAUGUGGUUGUGGGGGCUGAGGGCCGGGUAGUCGUGCUGAGCUCCCGGCCCGUGGUAGAUGUGAUCACUCAGAUGUCCUUCUCCCCAGCUGAGAUCCCAGUGCAUGAAGUGGAGUGCUCCUAUUCAACCAGUAACAGGAAGAAGAAAGGAGUUAACAUCACAGUCUGUUUCCAGGUCAAGCCUCUCAUCCCUCAGUUCCAAGGUCGUCUAGUUGCCAAUCUCACUUAUACUCUGCAGUUGGAUGGCCAUCGGACCAGAAGCCGGGGGUUGUUCCCAGGAGGGAGACAUGAACUCAGCAGGAACACAGCUGUCACCUCAGACAAGUCCUGUACUGAGCUCUGGUUUCACUUCCCGGUAUGCAUUCAAGACCUUAUCUCCCCCAUCAAUGUCUCCCUGAAUUUCUCUCUUUGGGAAGAAGAAGGACCACCAAGGGACCAAAGGACGCAGGUCCAGGACAUACAGCCCAUCCUGAGACCCUUACCACACUCAGAGACCAGGGAGAUCCCUUUUGAGAAGAACUGUGGGGAGGACAAGAAGUGUGAGACAAACCUGCAGCUGUCCUUCUCCCCUGCCAGAUCCAGAGCCCUGCGUCUGACCCCUUCUGCCAGCCUCUCUGUGGAGCUGACACUGAGUAACUUGGCAGAAGAUGCUUACUGGGUCCAGCUAGACCUGGUCUUCCCCGAGGGACUCUCCUUCCGCAAAGUGGAGAUGCUCAAGCCUCACAGCCAGAUACCUGUAGUCUGCGAGGAACACCCCGAGGUGUCCAAGAAUCUGUCCAAGAAGCUCUCUUGCAACGUGAGCUCUCCCAUCUUUAAAGCAGGCAGCUCGGUUGUUAUCCAGGUGAUGUUUAACAUGCUGCUGAACAGUUCCUGGGGGGACUUGGUCGUGCUGCAUGCCAGUGUGAAAUGUGACAAUGAGGAUUCAGGCCUCCUGAAGGACAACUCGGCCACUAUCAGCAUCCCAGUCCUGUAUCCUGUCAACAUCCUCAUCGAGGACCACAAAAACUCCACACUUCAUAUCAGUUUCACCCCUAAAGGUCCCAAGAUCCAGGAAUUCAAGCACAUCUACCAGGUGAGGAUUCAACCUUCCAACUACGACCACAAGAUGCCUGCCUUGGAGGCCGUGGUUGGUGUACCACAAACUCCCAGUGAGGGGCCCAUUAUGCACCGGUGGAGGGUUCAGAUGGAGCCUCCUGUCCCCUGCCAUCGUGAGGACCUGAAGAGGCUUCCCAGUGCGGCUAAGCCUUGUCUCCCUGGAGCCGAGUUCCGCUGCCCAGUUGUCUUCAAGCAGGAAAUCCUCAUCCAACUGAUUGGGACUGUGGAGCUGGUGGGGGAGAUCGAGGCCGCCUCCAUGCUCAGCCUCUGCAGCUCCCUCUCCAUCUCCUUCAACAGCAGCAAGCAUUUCCACCUCUACGGCAGCAACACCUCCCUGGCCCAGGUCACCAUGAAGGUUGACAUCGUGUAUGAGAAGGACAUGCUGUAUCUCUACGUGCUGAGCGGUGUCGGGGGGCUGCUGUUGCUGCUGCUGAUUUUCAUAGUACUGUAUAAGGUUGGCUUCUUUAAACGGAAUCUGAAGGAGAAGAUGGAGGCUGAUGCAGGUGUCCCAAAUGGAAUCUCUGGAGAAGACUCUGGGCAGCUGGCAUCUGGGGAAGAGACCAAGGAUCCGGGUUGCCUAGAGCCCCUACAUGGAGAGGAGGCCCAGGAUGGAGGUGGCAAGGACUGAGGCCCAGACCCGGUGCACAGAGGCCCAGGACUGGGCUUGGGAUGCUGGGGACUUGUCUGCCUCAACCUGCAUUUCCGCUGUGUCCUCGGGCAAGUCACUGACACUCUCUAGGCCUCAGUUUCCCUAUCUUGAACGUGGAACUCAUUCCCACCUGCCUCCUUUUGUAGGCUCACAGUGAGAAUCUGUUGAGGCAUGGGCCAGGAAUGCUACAGAGGUGAGGCCUUGUAGUUAUGAGAUGGUCCCAUCUUCUCCCAGUGUCCCUUACUUCCCUCCCCUGGAAGAGAAUAGCUGAUCUAAAUUUGGAGAAACUGUAGUCUCAGGACUCCUAGACUUCACACCUGCCCUUAAAUGUCCACACAUGCCUCAGACUCCAGAACUUGUCCCUGCACUCUCUCCUGCCUAGCACGCAGCCAGUGUUCCAUUCUGGUGCCAGAGAGCAAAUGUGAUCGGUGUCACUACUGACUGCAACCAAUGCGUUACUCUUUGGCCAAAGACCAAAUUCCUUAAUAGGUUUUCCGAGGCUUUGCAAAACUGGGCCCCUGUGGCCUUCCCAGCCUCUUUAGAGACAUCCACCUCCCUCUCCAAGCUCCAGUUAUACAAGCCUUUCUCAAACCAAGCUCCUUCCUGUCUUGCUACCUUCACACUGAUGGCUCCCUUUGCCUGGAAACUUCCUCCCCACUCUCCUGGUUUACUCUCACUCAACCGCAGAUCCCCGCUUGCACAUCAUUUCCUCAGGGCCACCCCUGACCAACUCAGUUGUAUUACCACGUUGUUCACACUUACCCCAGCCUCCAUUUGUCUUCAGGGUACAGGUCAUGUUUGCUCACUGUUUAAUGAUUUAUGUACUUCAUAUCUGUCUCUCUGACAGUGAACUCCAUGAGGGUAGAGACCAUACCUCUCUUGUUCACCUUAGGACCCCUGGUGAUAUCAAAGGGCACACAGGUGCUUGACAUAAUUUUAUUGAAUUAAUGAUGGAGCCUAUGGGAAGUCACAGAAAAAGCUUGAUGGCCCCCUGGCAUCCACAUCCUUUGGGGCUCAGUCUUCCCAGGCUCAGCCCCUGCCCUGGCUCCACAGCCUCCCACAGGACUCACCACACCUAUGUAGGGGCCCCCACUGGGAGGCUGUGACUCAAAGUGGGGACUAUGUCUGUUCACCUGGGGCACUACCACCAAGCAUGGUGCCAGCACACAUUUACCCAAUAAAUCUGAAAUUCUGUCCAA